AUGGCCAUGAACAUAGACUAUUUUUCAAGUAUCACACUGGCCAAGGUGAACUGGUGUCUGAAACUGAAAAUUGUCCGUCAAUGGCGAUUAAUGCAUCGAGGGUUUCCAAAGUCCAUUGAAAUGGUGGUCAUGGAUGAACACGGAGACAAAAUUCAUAGCUCAAUUUGUCGUGACCACUUUCUCAGGUUUUAUUUAACACUUAUUCCAGGAUUUACAUAUAUUAUGAGAAAUUUCACAGUCCGGGAGAAUUCUGAAUAUUUUCCCUCAACCUCUUAUCUGUUUGAACUCCACUUCCGGGUUGAUACUUUUUUCCAUCAAGUUAAUGAUUUCCCCAUCAUCCGAUCACCUUACUCUUUUGUCCGAAUACCGGAUGUACUUAACCUGGAUGUCAGCUACGACUAUUUAAUAGAUGUUAUUGGAGUUCAAACAAAAAUUGGAAGAGUUCAAGAAUUUACUGUCAGUGGAAAUGUUGAGAAGCUGGUUAGAUUUGACAUUUCUGUAGCAGGCACCAAAAUUGAAUGUGUCUUGAUUGCUCAAUUUGUAGACGAAUACAUUGAUUUCAUCUCUACUGGUCGUGCUUUCGGUGCAGUUGUUUUGAUCCAGCUUGGCAGAGUCAAGACUUGCCCAUGCACUGCAAACAGAUACAUAGCUGCUUGA